AUGUGUACCAGGUGGUGGUUGGGUAGCCAUAAGGUAUGCUACGAACCUUACGGAUGUUUCUCUACGGCCAAACCCUUCCACAACGCAAAGGGCAACACCCCAGAUUCGCCAAAAAAGCAAGAUAUCAGUUUUUCACUGAACACCAGGGCGAAUAGAAGUCAAGUCAUCAGCGUAAAUGACCACACUAGUAUCAGCAACAGUACUUUUAACGGUGGUUUGAAAACCAUUCUCAUUAUACAUGGCUAUACAGAUAAGGGGGCUGAUAAGUGGGUUAUGAAGAUGGUCGAUGAAAUUCUAAUAUAUGCCAAUAUUAUCGUUGUGGAUUGGAAAAAGGGUGCUGGUGAGACUAACUAUUAUAAAUCAGCGGCUAAUACAAGAGUAGUUGGUGCUUUGGCUGCUCAUCUUAUCAAAGAUCUGGAGUCAGUUGGUGGGAUCAGUUACUCCAAUGUUUAUGUCAUUGGUCACAGUCUGGGUUCUCAUAUUGCUGGAUACAUUGGAGAAAUUAUACCAGGGUUGGGAAGAAUAACUGGCUUAGAUCCUGCUGGUUCGGCUUUUGAAGAUUACAAAGCUGAGGUACGACUGGACCCUUCUGACGCGGCCUAUGUAGAUGUCAUACAUACUGACGGCGAGUCACUUCUUCAGUUAGCUUUUGGUAUGGCUAAGGCCGUGGGAGAUGCAGAUUUUUAUCCUAAUGGUGGAAAGGAUCAACCUGGAUGUAAAAAUACUGGUGGUACCAUAUUAAAGCUCAUCACUGGUAAAUUCAACAAAUUUACCAGCGCUGUUGCUUGUAGCCAUUCAAGAGCUAUCGAGCUCUUCACAGAAUCUAUAAAUGGCGGCUGUACAUUUAACUCCUUUCCGUGCGGCUCGUGGUCUAACUUUAAAAAGGAUAAAUGUACAAGUUGUGGUACUGGCUGUGCUGUGAUGGGAUACCACUCAAAUAUACAAUCCCGGGAUGCUAACGUAAUCGCUGUUAAUUGGCAGAAAGGCGCUGCUCAUAUCAACUACUUCAAAGCCGUGGCUAAUACACGAGUAGUUGGUGCUGUGGCUGCUCAACUUAUCAAAGAUUUGAGGUCAGUUGGUGGAAUCAGUUACUCCAAUGUCCACGUCAUUGGUCACAGUCUGGGUGCUCAUACUGGUGGAUAUAUUGGAGAAAUUAUACCAGGGUUGGGACGAAUAACUGGUUUAGAUCCUGCUGGUUUGUCUUUUGAAAGAUAUGAUAUCAAAGUCAGACUUGACCCGUCUGAUGCUACUUAUGUGGAUGUCAUACAUACUGACGGCGAAACUCUUUUUCAAUUGGCAUUUGGUUUAGCUAAAGCAAUUGGUGAUGCUGAUUUUUAUCCAAACGGUGGAAGAAAUCAACCAGGAUGUCCUCACGUUGGUAACCAUGCAAUCGAUGUCAUCACCGGACAGCUAGAUUCUUUAAAUAACAAGGUUGCGUGUAGUCACCACAGGGCCAUUGAUUAUUUUACGGAGUCUAUCAAUGGUGGGUGUAUCUUUACAUCCCAUCCCUGUAGCUCUGAGAGUCAAUUUAACAGUGGCCAUUGUAAAAGUUGUGGUCAUGGUUGUGCUGUAAUGGGAUACCACACACAAUCAAGUCAUCACCAUGGUAGUUUUUAUCUGACUACGAAGAGCCAGCAUUCAUUCUGUAGAUAA